AGUACAACCCUUAUUUAAUACCAAAGUGGAGCUCGUCAGCCCUGCAUUCAACAACCACCCCCAGCCCCCAAUAAACUACCAACUGGCGAAAAUCACCCGCAGCUGAAAACUGGAACGCAGGACAAGAACGAAAACGAAAAUAUGCUCAAGUCGGAGGUGCAGCACCAGUUCUGGAUCACGAAGAAGGCGGUCCAACGAAAGCUGGGGACCAAGGAGGACAAGCAUGUAAUAUCCUCGGACGCGGAGCUGGACGCCAAGAUAGAGGUGUUCAAAUCGAUAUCGGACACCAGCCUGAACCUAUGCAAAAUCAUUGACCAGUACCAGGAGCGUCUGUGCAUCCUGUCCCAGGAGGAGUGUGUGUUCGGGCGCUUCCUGAAGGAGGCGGGCAAGCGAAGUAAGACAACAGGCGGCAGCAUCGCUCACACUGGCAAGGCGGUGUCCUUUGCAGGACAACAGCGUAUGUGCGUAAGGGUGCCGCUGCUCCGUUUGCAGCACGAGGUGGAUGUGUUCAGAUGCCGUGCCGUGAAGGACACUGAGCAGACGCUUCAGGCGAUGGAGAAGGAGCGAACAGAGUACAGGGCAGCUCUGUCCUGGAUGAAAUCCGCCAGCCAGGAAUUGGAUCCGGAUACGGGCAAGGGCCUGGAUAAAUUCCGUACAGCGCAGACACAUGUCCGCGUGGCCAAGCAUAACUUUGAUGGCUACUCCUUGGACUCCAUUCAGAAGAUCGAUUUGUUGGCCGCUGCCCGCUGCAACAUGUAUUCCCAUGCUUUGGUCGCCUACGUGGCCGAGCUGAAGAGUUUCGCCCAGAAGGCGGCCUCCACAUUCCAGACCAUAUCCAAAGCCUUGAUCAUCAAGCCCAAAUAUGAUUUCUGCGUCCUGAAGGAGCUGUCGCAAGCCGAGGGCCCUAGCGAGGAAGUGCCGCCCAUAGAGGCAGUGGACAAGGAUCAGUCGCUGUUCUUUGCUAACGAAUACCAAGACAAGCCGGAGGAAUCGCAUCCUGAAACAAAGCCAUCCAGCGAGGAGCCAACAAAAUCCGAGCCUGCCACUGCCUGCGGCGACAAUGAGUCCUUGCUGAUUGAGCUUUCCAAGCAACUGGAGGAGAGUCCGCUGAUUGAUGCUUCUCUGGACGAGGAACCUGCCCAGCCAAGCAGCAACACCAAGUUCUGGGCACGCAUGUUCAGUCAUCAGAGUUCACAGUCCCAGCCCCAGCAGCCCAUGCCAAGCAGUACUGUUUCGAAACAGACCUCCGGAGGAGCCUCCUCUUCUGCUCCCCAAUCCAAGGCCCAGGCCGGCAACAAUCCCUGGCUCGACCUCUUCGCCGACCUAGAUCCCCUGGCCAAUCCGCAGGCCUUUGACCUAAAAAUGAGCGGCGGACGGAGUGUCGCCGAGCAAACAUAAGAUUACCCC